AUGCUUGGAGGAGUGGUGAUUUUCCAGCUCAGUUUCAUUGCCAGCGCUCUGGCUAGUAUAGGUCUUCGAUUCUCAGAAGAACCGGCCUACGCUAUUUUCAAAAGAUGGAACGCGAGAAGAACAGGGAACUUGACUUUUCAUUUCAAAACGGAAAGCAAAAACGGUUUUCUCAUUUACCAAGACGACAAAGGACAAUGCCAAUAUAUUUACCUUUCUAUGGCAGACGGGCAACUUAGAUUGCGCCUUAAAAUGGGAAACUGCGAGGAAACACAAACUCUACAUAUCGGAAACAAACUCAAUGAUGGACGAUGGCAUAAAGUGACUGUCCAGCGAGACUCAGCAAUGACAAGUCUUACAGUUGACAAUUUAAGUAAUAGCACGAUUUAUAAUGGAGAAGUAAAGAAUCUUAUUGUUAAAAGUGACUUGAUCGUUGGUGGAAUCCCGUGGUCUACUCCGUUGAAUGAUCUCUCUUUUCCUCCUAUAUUCUACGAAAGCAAUCAUUACGGGUAAGUACAGAGCAUGCUUUCUCUCUCUCUUUCGUAAACAAAGGAUGCUUUUACACAUUCCUUUAAAAUCCAUGUAAUCAACUAUUCUUUGCUGUUAUUUUUUAUUAUGCGCCACACAAGUGAGCUGAUCCAUUUUGAUCCGUCGCAGCUUUUUAUAAACUGAAGGAUGAAGAGAGCAGCUUUAUAAAGAAAGCUAUGAAUUAAGGGAUGGUUAACGCAAAAAACAGAUGCUCCAAAACAUUCCAUAACUGCGAACAUACUCAGGGAAUCAUUAAUUAUCAUUACAACUUUUCUAUACGCAUGUUUUUCCGAAGGAAAAUUUUCACAAUUUGUUAUUGUUAAUCGCCCCGCCCAAGAAUUUCUAUCGAUUCCUUACACUCGCGCGAACUAAAUUCAAUAAACUUGAGUAUUUUUCGACUUUAACGCAGAAUUUAUCAUUUUAUUCGUUAGAAAAGAAUUAAUAAGUUUAUUCCGCAGAAAAAUACCAUAAAUAAUUUAAUAUUGGAUCCGAAAUUCAGCUCCUAUGAUGAAUAAUACAUUGUUUUUCUGCGGAAUUUCAUUAUUGCAUAAAAUUAACUGAAGGGCGCACAGUUGUACUAAAAGAAUCUCUUACGCUUCAUUUGUAAUAUAUUUGUUUUUCAGAUUCAAUGGCUGCAUUAGCAGCAUAACCUAUAGUGUCAACGGAAGGCCUACGAAAGAGGCGUAUCUGAAUCACACCAAAGGAACAAAACUAGGAUGUUCGGACCCUUGCUCCAAGACUGGAAAAUGUAAAAACGGUGCAGUAUGUCUUUAUACUUCCACUGGGGCACGUUGCGACUGCAAAGGGACAAGAUUUGAAGGAACUAACUGCAGCGAAGGUAGGAAUGAAAACGGGAAUAUCACAUUUUGAGGAUUUUUUUUUUCAGUUUUCGAUGUUUUUAAUUUAAUCCCUUUCGAGUGAUACCUUCAUUACAAAUUGCCCUUCAAAAGUAAAAUUUGGUUCAACAGCCUUCGCUUUCCACCUCUGUAAACAGGUCUAUAUUUGAUGAUGGCUUUUCAAACAUUAUUUGUUUUAUAGGAAAGUAGCAGAAAAUAAUGACAAUUUCCAUGGGCGUCUUGUUCGUAAAAUUGAAGUAUUUCUUCUAAAAUUUAUAUAAACUAAAUUUAUUUGUUUUACCUAAAAAAAUGUAAAACCGUGAGCAAAAAUUAUUUCAGAUAUCUACACUGUCAUCAUGUAUUGAUCACCAAAUGUACAAAGUAGAAGACGAAAUCUAGUCAGUGUGAUCUCGUAUUUCAAAAAAGUAUCAAAAACAUUUUACUUCACUCCACGUGUCUUUUUCCCAUUACGUAGCAUUAAGUUCCUAGUCAAGAAAACAUUGUUUGCAACCUCCGCCAAAGACUCUCUGUCAAAAACUCAGUUGUCGACGGUUGUAGAAAUCAACGUAGUAAUUUUUCAUUUGAAUAUUGUAGUGAUUUUACUCCACAUUUGUUUAUUAGCUGUUAUCAGUCUGUGUGGGAGAAUUUUUCUUUUGAAUAAAAAGAGGCGUUUUCUCAGGCAGAUGGUUAACCACAAACCACACGGCUGUCUCAUCACCAAAUUGAUCAAAAUCAAUUCUCUCCUAAGGCUGAGGUCAAUCGUUGCGUAACACACGUUUGAAUCUCCCUUCCUCUUAACCGCUCAAUGGUUUUUUCUUUAAGAGGCUAUCUUCUAUUUAUGGCGCCAACGAAACACUUCUUCUUUUUCGUGAUUUAAAGGAGACACAUUAUACCCAACCAAGCAAGUUGAAAAUUACCGUCGAUGAACAUCGAUGUUCUUGGCUUUAGCAAUAAAUAGAAAUCGUUGAGAAAAUAAAAUUAUGACCAUUAAAUUGAUUAAUAUUCUUUUGUUUUACCAGAAACUUCAUCUAUCCGGCUUAAUGGAAGUGGUUACGUUGAAUUUAGUGCGAGACAAGAAGCAGAAGAUUUUGAUCCGAAUGAAGACGAUUUCGGGUUUCAUUUGAAGACCUCCUCUGACCAUGGUGUAAUCUUCACUCUUCUUUCGCAUUCUAACUACCUCUUGAUCGAAAUGGUGCAUGGAAAGCUAAAAGUGAAGUUAUACCCUGGACAAGAAGGUAACCAUGAAAUAAUAGUAUGGCAAGAUUAUCAUAAAAAAGAAUGGGAAAGGUUAAGGAUGAAGAAGAUUGACACAGAUUGUGAACGGCCACCAAACUAAAUAACAAGCAAGGUUGCUUAUUCUUGUGGUCUCAUACAAAUGAAUUUUCAAUUGAAGGUGGAAAGUAAGAUGGAAAUAUGUUCAGUUUCCUUGCUUUGCAGUGUGAGUUGUUUUAAUGCAUUACUUCCUCAGCCAAUCAUAUCCAAAACAAGAACUUAUCUUAUCCUGGUUACUCGUCUUUUUCUCGCGCGUCAGACAGUUUGCUUGUUUCAGUUUUCAACCGGUUCCCGUGACAUUUCCUUUGUUCUGAUUGGCCAAUGUGAAAACGAAUGUUUUGAUUUUACGACACCCAGUCAAAACGCACAUAGGUGAAAUAUUCUCGUCCAUUGCAAUGUCAUUUAGCUUCAAAUUCCUCUCUUCUUCAUCAAUUCUAGAUCCCGAGGUUCCCCCAGAUGAGCCUAAAGUAAAUGAUGGCAAGUGGCACUGGGUCGAGUUCUAUCGGCGGCUCGAUGUUUUCACGUUUAAGACAGACCAUAAAAUCAGUGCUAAAAAGAAGGUGUCGUCCAUGCCUUUUAAACCUAAAAUUGUCUACGUCGCUGGAGGUCCCAGGAAUGUCCUCAAAAAGUCUGAAUCAAAACAGAACUAUACUGGAUACCUACAAGAGUUUUACUUUGGUAAAAAGAAGAUAUUUGACAGUAUUGUACCCACAAUAACAGACAGAAGAUUUGCUAAAAUUGGAACUGUGAUCGAUGGAUCCAUAACAUCCGAAGAGAGUAGUGGGUCGGGGUGUUUACUAAUCGGUGAUGACGAAGAUGAAGAAUGCCCAACAACUGAUAAUUCCACAGGGAUUAAAGAAGGUGUGUCCAUACUCCAUAGUCCAUAGUCCAUAGUUCAAAUAUAAAGUUAAAAAAAGCGUAAGUGAAGGUCAGUCCUGAGAGUGGUGGGGCGGGGGGGACGUUAAUGGCGUGACAACCAUUUCCCGGGCCAGAUUUUUCCCCAAUCCCAUUUCUAUUUCCCAAUCUAUCGAUGUCUACUUUUUUUUUAGUGACAGUCCAAUAUCCAUUUCUCUUGUUGUUUGUGAUCCCAGUUCCAGCGACACAACGCUAUCUUCAAGAGCAAGCUUAAUUUUAAGUUUGCGUUUUUAAGUUCACGUGAAUACUCAGCUAGAAUGAAGCAUUUUUUCCCUUUAUCUUAUGCAGUUGAACUGAACUUUACAACGAUGCAGUCUACCACUGAGCUAGUUCCCGAGUCUGUGCCGACAGGCGUCGCAGUGCAGAAGUCCCUUCCACAAGUAGUGCCAUUCUGGAUGAUCUCGGCGAUAGUGGUUGUAGCAGCCAUUGCUAUUUCAGUGACAUUAUUUUUCUUGUAUCGCUGGAACUCUCGUUACAGUGGAUCAUUUAAGCCCGAGUCUUCUUCGUCAAGUUGUAUGAACUCACCAAAACAUGGCGCUUUCGUCAUCAAUCCGCGUAUUCAGGUCACAGUGCACGAUGACAGGAUGUAAGAGAGUUCUUAAGCUUUGUCCCUGAGGAAAAAGUCUUACGCUCUGAGUGGCAAUCACAAAGCAAGGCAUAAGAUUAGCACAAAUGACAUGGAAGAAAGAUUGUUUGAUUUUACAGUCGGCGUUGAAUUGAAAAAGCUCUUUAAUCGAGAGGAAUACGUGUGAGAGAUAAAGCGGAGAUGGCGAUUCUUUAGCCCGUGGAGAGUAAAUUAACUAAGCGAGUUGCUGUGCAGCUUUACGGUACUUUUUAUUAGAAUACGGCAAAAUAAACUAACCAAGUAAGUUGACUAGACUAGGCUACGUGGUAUGUGGAUCAACGCCAUUGAGGUUUGCUAUGACAAGCUUUAUUUGGUAAUUCAGGCGACCACUUACGACGUUUCAAAGAAUGUCCUAGUCAGAUUUACAUCGUUGAGAACCGGUAGACAUUACACUGGAAACGCUAAAUAUCAAAGAUUUCUCCUAGUUUCCGCUUAAAACUUGAAUAAGAGUAUGACUGGUUAUUGCGUCGAGGAAAGCCUGUACAAUACGUGAUGUGAGCCUUCCAUUGGCUGACGUUUAUUCCGUUGGCUACGUUGUUGGUAGGUUAAGUGAUGUUUACGGCUAACUUGCGUGUAGUGUCUAUAAAAGUACAAGGUAGAACGUGUUACAAUUUUCCAAAGUGGAGAAGCAUGACCUCUACAGAUUUGCAUUUAUUUGUACAAAAGUUUCAUAAAAUGAUUGGUAAAAUGAACUGAGUUGUGAACAUUUCGAUACAAAAAGUUUCAAUCUCAAAGCUAGAAAUCUAUUAUUCUUUAAUUUCGAUGUGGUGCAAUCAAUUUAUUUUUGCUAUGAGAAACAGCUUGCUGUAAGCUCGCUUUUAUAAUUAAGCUGAAGAAUGUUAUCAGGUUGUAAAUUGAAUUCAUGACGAGAUUUUGAGAACUUUGACAAUUUAUCAGGCAUUAAAUUUUACAAUGUACAAACAUGAAAUUGGUAACAAGUUAAUUAUCGAAUGAGCUUCCAAGCACCACCAAUCAAUCCCGUUUUCAAUAAGUCCACCAUUAUGAUGCUAAGAGAACGAGAAGUCCGUUUUGCAGCUUUCGUUUUAAAUCUCCAUCACUGCAAGUUUUUUUGUGAACUAGUGCUAAAAACUGGUAAUGCGUUAGCCGCUGCUAAUAAACAUGACACAUCCCGCAUAAGACUUUCUCUGCUAAUGCGCUCAAGCUUUGCUCUGAUUGGACAAACUGAGAACUCCGAUGACGUGGUGAUUUGAUGCUCAUAGACUUGAUCAUAGAUAGAAACUUGAGGAAAUAUUAAAAAAGGAC